AGGGCGCGCCGUCUGGUGCUCCAGGUGCAGUUCCCUUGAGCCUGGGGGCCCGCGGUGGCCCAGGAGGAGUGGCCCGUCUCCAAUCUGCCUCUGCCGUGUCUCUGCGCCCUGUCCACUGGACACCAGUGAGCCUCAGAACCCAGGGAAGCCACCCAGCUAUCCCUGGUAUGCCACAACUCUGAGUGGGACCUGCUGGGAGGCCAGAGUGACCUCAACCACCUUGCCUACCCACCCGGGUGUCAAGAUGCUGAGCCGGAAGCUCCCCAUGCUGUUCCGUAUAGACCAGGUGCCACAGGUGUUCCAUGAGCAGGGCAUCCUCUUUGGCUACCGACACCCACAGAGUUCCGCCACUGCCUGUAUCCUCAGCCUUUUCCAAAUGACCAAUGAGACCCUCAACAUCUGGACGCACCUGUUACCCUUCUGGUUCUUUGUGUGGAGGUUCGUGACUGCACUGUAUAUGACAGACAUCCAGAAUGACAGCUACUCAUGGCCCAUGCUCGUGUACAUGUGCACCAGCUGUGUGUACCCCCUUGCAUCCAGCUGUGCACACACCUUCAGCUCUAUGUCCAAGAACGCCCGGCAUAUCUGCUACUUUCUGGACUAUGGUGCUGUCAACCUCUUCAGCCUGGGCUCAGCCAUCGCCUACUCUGCAUACACGUUUCCUGAUGCACUGGUCUGCAGUACCUUCCACGAAUGCUACGUAGCCCUGGCUGUACUAAACACCAUUCUCAGCACUGGUCUGUCCUGCUACUCCAGGUUUCUUGAACUCCAGAAGCCCCGGCUCUGCAAGCUGCUCCGGGUCCUCGCCUUCGCCUACCCCUACACUUGGGACUCACUCCCCAUCUUCUACAGGCUCUUUUUGCUCCCGGGGGAGAGUUCAAGAAAUGAAGCCAUCCUGUACCACCAGAAGCACAUGGUCAUGACCCUCCUGGCCUCUUUCUUGUACUCUGCUCACCUGCCAGAGCGACUGGCUCCUGGACGCUUUGAUUACAUCGGUCACAGUCACCAGCUGUUUCACGUGUGUGUGAUCCUGGCCACACACUUGCAGAUGGAAGCCAUCCUCCUGGACAAGACUCUGAGGAAGGAGUGGCUCUUGGCCACCUCCAGACCCUUCUCUUUGCUUCAGAUAGCAGCAGCCAUGCUUCUGUGUAUCAUCUUCAGCCUCAGCAACAUUAUUUAUUUCUCAGCUGCUCUGUACCGAAUCCCUGAGCCUGAAUUACACGAAAAGGAAACGUGAUUUCAGAACAUGCCAGGCUUCAGUGUUAAGUCACUGGUGUGGUGCCAGCUUACAGUGGCCAAAAGUAUUUGUAGUGACUGGCGUCUUGACAUUUUUUAAUGGGUUCAUGUCAAAAAAUGUAUUUAACCUGGGGAGAGUUCUGUACACAUGCACUGGUUGUGUAAGUGUUCUGUAAAGGGGAGGACAUGGGCUUAAGUCCCGGGGAAGGCAAAUUAUUGAAAUAUCAAGUUUUAAAUUUAUUUAAAACGGGGUGUUUAGGGGAUAGGGAUAUAGCACAGUUGGUAAAUGCUUGCCCACAAUAUACAAAGCCCUGAUUUUGUG